UCUUAUUUCCACUCAUGAAUUGAAUACAGAAAGAGAAAAUUUUAACCAUUUUAUGCAAUGGACGAUAAGACAAACAAAAAAUAUGUUUUGAUGGUUUGUGUGGAUAAUACAUGUCGCUCACCCAUUGCGGAGGCGGUGCUGCGUGACAUGAUCGUUAAGCAGGAUCUCCAGGCGGAAUGGGAUGUGGAAAGCGCUGCGAUCGAGGCGUGGCACGUGGGCGCCCACCCAGACGAACGAGCGCUGAACGUGCUCCAUAAGCACAAAAUUAAGUACACCAAUUUCGUGCGACGCAUUAAGCGGGAGGAUUUUGAAAACUUCGAUUACAUUGUGGGCAUGGAUCAGAGCAUUAUGGCCUCUCUAAAGCUGCUGGAGCCGCACUAUGCCAAGGCUAAGCUGCUGAUGCUGGGUGACUUUUUGAUAGGCUUGAAGCCCGACGAGCGCUUUAUUGAGGAUCCAUAUUACGAAAUGGGCGAAGGUCCCUUUGAUAAGAUUUACGAACAGUGCACUCUCGCGUGCGCGAAUUUUUUAAAUCAAGCGCGAAACGAUGAAAUCUAACACAGAAUUCAACAGUGUGGCACCA